AGUCAGAACGCCCUCGCUGGCUGGGGAGGAGGCCGCGGUACCGCCGGAGGUGGGGUCCCGCCGCUGCCCCUGCCCCGGCGCCGCCUUCUCCGGCCCAGCCCGGUCCCGCCGGCCCCUCGGCUCCCUCCCCGGCCGGCUCCGGCUGGGACUCCGCGGCUGCCAUUGGCUUAGCGGCCCCAUCCGGGCACUCGGCGCAGCGCUGUUCCUCAGCCCGACCGUUCCAAUAUGGCGGAGGCUUCAUUUGGGAGUUCGAGCCCAGUUGGCUCUUUAUCAUCUGAGGAUCAUGACUUCGACCCAUCUGCUGAAAUGUUGGUACAUGAUUAUGAUGAUGAAAGAACUCUUGAAGAGGAGGAAAUGAUGGAAGAAAGCAAAAAUUUCAGCUCUGAAAUUGAGGAUUUAGAAAAGGAAGGAAACAUGCCAUUGGAAGAUUUGCUGGCUUUCUAUGGCUAUGAACCCACGAUUCCAGUUAUGGCAGGUUCCAGUGCAGAUAGCUCUCCAAGUGAACUUGCAGAUGAGCUUCCAGAUAUGACUCUAGAUAAGGAGGAAAUUGCUAAAGACCUCUUGUCAGGUGAUGAUGAAGAAACACAGUCCUCUGCUGAUGACUUGACACCAUCAGUUACUUCACAUGAGGCUACUGACUUCUUUCCUCGGCCAUUAAGAUCAAACACUAUGUGUGAUGAAGAUAAGGAAUCAGAUGGUGAAGAUGUAGAAGCAGAGAAUGGUAAUUCAUCUGAAGAUUUGAGAAAGGAAAUAAUGGUUGGUUCACAGUACCAGGCUGAAAUUCCACCUUACCUUGGCAGAUACAGUAGUGAUGAAAAGGCCUAUGAAAACGAAGACCAUUUACUUUGGAAACCUGGUGUGAUCUCAGAAACUAAAGUUAAAGAAUACCUUUUUGAAACCUCCUUAAGAACAGGAAAUGAAAAAAUUAUUGGCAGGAUUCCUGACAGUCUGCAUACACGGGACAAUGAACAGGCACUGUAUGAACUUCUUAAAAGCAACCAUAAUAUUAAAGAAGCAAUUGAGAGAUACUGCUCAAAUGGAAAGACAUCUCAGGAAGAGAUGACAGCAUGGACAGAAGAAGAAUGCAGAAGCUUUGAACAUGCACUUCUGCUUUAUGGAAAAGACUUCCAUCUCAUACAGAAAAACAAGGUAGGAACCAGAACAGUUGCUGAAUGUGUGGCUUUCUAUUACAUGUGGAAGAAGUCAGAACGUUAUGAUUACUUUGCUCAGCAGACAAGAUUUGGAAAAAAGAGAUAUAACCAUCAUCCAGGAGUUACGGACUACAUGGAUCGUUUGGUAGAUGAAGCAGAAGCCCUUGGUGGAGCAAUGCAUUCUUCAGCCUUAACAUCUAAUAGUCGAACAGAAACCAUUCCUGAUCAACAGCUCAGCAUUCUGAACUCUAUCACUGCCAAUGAGUUGACAGCACUGACAAAUAGUGUAGCUACGGUCUGUCACACUCCAGAUGUGAACUGCCUGGAUGAUGCCUUUCCUCCUAUGGACAGCUUACCCCGAGCACCAGUGAAUCAUGUGCCUGUUGGAACAGAAGAAUUGCUUAACUUGCCUAGCAAUGGUGAAAGUGAUUGUUUUAACUUAUUUGAGACUGGCUUUUAUCAUUCAGAGCUAAAUCAAAUGAACAUAUGCAGUGAGGACACAGAAAGACCUGCAAAGAGAUUGAAAAUGGGAAUUGCUGUCCCAGAAUCUUUUAUGAAUGAUGUUUCUGUGAACAACCUUGGUGUGGACUUUGAGAACCACACACACCAUAUUACCAGUGCCAAAAUGGCUGUUUCCGUGGCUGACUUCAGUAGUCUGUCUGCAAAUGAGACAAAUGGUUUUAUCAGUGCCCACACUCUUCACCAACAUGCUGCCCUUCACUCAGAAUGACUGUGGAAAACUGAACAAACAGUGGGUACUUUAUGCAGUAGUAGUAAACUUGAUGAGAGCUAUCAGGUUUGCUUAGUCUUUCACUGGAAGUUUGAACUUUAUGACAUCAGUGAUGUCUUCAUAUGUAUAGAACUAUAUCUUGAUUUAUCAAGAGUAUUUUUUUUUUUUUAAGUCCGUAAAUGUGGAAAUGUCAUAGGAUGAUUGAUGGAGUUUGGGACUAAGAGAACUCUGUGGUGCAGCUUUAAGCUCUGCUUCAAAUUUUUGUAAAGCCUGUAGACAGAGGCCACCAUUUCCAAACCAGCAAGGAAGUUUUGAAGGUAUUGGAGUGGCUUUUUAGGCUAAGUUACUUUUGCUGUAACAGAUGCAGUGGAAUAACAAUGUUUACAGGUACUGAUCCUGAUCCCUGCUCAAUGUAGCAUUUUAUUUUUUGUUUCUUUUCAUACAAAGGCAGGGAUGGGUUUCUUUAAUUUAAACUGCACAAACCUACAAGGAGUUUUUAAUUGAAUCUUCUUUCAUGUGAUGCUAAAGUAGAGCACUUCAGUUUACAAAACAGCGAGUUCAUCCUGGUGGAGGUUAGCACAAGGGACUUACCAUGAGUAAAGUGGGAACACCUACACUUCAAUGCUGUUGAAAAAUUGUAGGCCCUGGCUACCUUAUGAAGAAGUUAUUAUGCUGCAGUUGGUGUCUGUGUACUUUAAACUUACUUAAUUAGGCUAUGCUGUAGUUGGAUGGGCUUUGUCCACAACUUUGAAGAGCAAUAUAAUCGUGUACAUUAACUUUCCUAACAUAGUUGGUGUUAUAUAAAGCCACAGUCUGCACACUUAGGAUUUACCACUAAGCAGUCUACAUUUGCAAGACACCUUAAAUUGCUUGGAGCACUGCAGUUCAAAGUGUUACAAUUUUGAGGGACUACCUAGUUUAUAUAGGACUAGUAGAACCUUGAACUACAUAUUUGAAAGUUUUUACUUUAGUGCGCUCGCAUUUAUUUGUUUUGGGAAGUCAUGGCUCAAAAACGGCACUUCACUACAUUGGUGAAAUAGGAAAAGAUGGGUAAAAAUGUUUCCCAUAAAAGCAACUAUUUAAAGUCAGUAUUUUUUUUAAUUAUUAUUUUUAUUUUGAACAUUGAGUGCAAUUUAACCAUCCAGGGAGUUUGUCUUGCAGACAUUUAUUCUAACUUUUGCAGGAGAGUCCAACCUAACAUAGUGUUGGCUUGUAUCAUGUUGUAGUAAACAGCUCGCAGGGUUUUCUAACGAGAGUCCGAACCUUACUUAAGUAGGAUUACCCCUUUCCCUCUGUACUUUUUCUUUGCACUGUUCUACAAAUUUAAUUGCCACUAAUUUUUUUUUUCAUUAUUCAAGUGAUUAAGUUUGCAUUGUUGAUGUUUGUAAUAGUUGCUUCAAGGUUAUGCUGAGUAAUUAGAAAGUAGUUACUUUAAUAUUUGAAAGGGAAAAGGGUAUUUAUUAUGCAUACUGUGAACUGCAUUGACAUCCUGAGUUCUGGAUGCAGCAUAUAGAGUUUUCUUUACAGCAUUGUAAUGAAGAUUGCUUUGAAGUGUUUCCGCAGUAGCACAUGUACCAUAUUAAAAACAAAUCAGUUUAGCACAGUGGAAAAAAGUAGAGGUAAUUUUGUAAUCCUUUCUUAACUUACACAUCUGCAAUACAUAAAUCUAGUAAGUACACAGUAAAAGCAGGUAGCCUUGGCCCUGUGUUAUACUCUUGACAUUUUUAGCCAAGCUGUCAGCUGCUUGUAGCUAUGUUUUGUGCUGAAAUUUGUACCUUGUUUCUUUUAUGAAUCAACAUAUUUUAUGUAAUUUGGUAGAAUACUGGCCAUAAUUCUCAAUUGUUAUACACUCUAUGGGUUUACAGUAAGCGUCUGGUCCAUAUAAAAAUCAUUAUACAAAGGUGACAGUUCAUAUCCCAGUUGCACUUAAAUGAACAUGCCCAUUCUCAUUAGCUGAUGCAGUAAUAUAUUCGGUUUAUCUAUGCAUUGCUGGGCUCUUAAUGUAGACGGAGAGUUGUCUAAGGUUUGGGUUGUCAGCAAGUUGAAUGGACACUUUAGUUAUUUAAUGAAGACUUUUGACCAAAAUACAGAAAAUUAUAUGAGAGAAAAAUGAAUUCCGGCUAGUCUGAUAGAUUUUUAGAUGCUGAUCUUAUUUAGCCUGUUGGCUAGCUAGCUGGUAUCGUUUACUUUUAAUUCCUUGUUAAAAUGAGGCAAUAAUUUGCAAGAUUUUGUAAAUAUGUAAAUUCUUCAUAUCUUUCUAGAUAUCUAUUUCAAUAUUUUCUGACUGCUUCUGUGUAUAGUAACAUUUUUGUGCAUGCUUGAUGUGACAUUCAUAAAUUUGUACCACUAUGACUUUAUCCAUGUAAAAUAGUUAUUUAUUGAACUUUUCUUUUAAGAGCAGGACUGACUUAUUUUUCUCUCAGUUUAAACAUUUAAAUGGAGAAGUUGUUACUGUUUAUUAAAAGAAUUGCGUUUUGAAAGUCAUUAUGAAGAUAACUAAGUUGCAGCCAUGUGAAGAAACCACAUUUCCUUGGUUUUUAGAUGGUGAAGCACAAUUCUUAUAACAAACUGUGAUGAAUUCUUUGUCUUUUACCACCCUUCUUUAUACAAACAAACCAAAAAAUCCGUAAUGGGCAAUUGCAUUGUUGGUAAAUGUAUUCUUUUUAUGUACAGGGGAUCUGAAGAGGGUAGCUGAUGCAUUUAGAAUUGUAACUGGUGCUGUGAUUAUAGCAAUACUUUUACGUUGGUUAGUCAUGCAUCAUCUUCUCAUGCUAGGUUUUUAAUGUUUAGUUUUCCUCUUGUCAUGGUCAAAAGGCUGAAUUUACUUGAAGGAUGUACAAUACUGUUUGAAGAAUACUAAAUUGUGUACAAUUAGGUCAAUGAAUUGUGCAAUUGUUUCUUUUUCUAAUUUUUAAAACCAAGGGUCAAGCAUGUAGGAAAACUUCAGAUAAAGUAGAACAUAGUGAUAUUACUUAAUUUAACCAAAGUCUCUAGUGAAUAUUUCAACUUUGAAUGUAAAUUAAUGGAUAAACUGACCAACAGGGACACUAUUUGCCCAGCAUUACAAGCACAUUGUCUUCAGAUAGGGAAACUAAAUACAGUAAUUUAUAAAAUAACAACAAGGUUACUAUUUUUAUUAUUCCUAUUUUUCACCAAAAGAAUAAGGAAGAUACUAUCAGUUGUAAAUUACAUUAGGAAUGGUUAUAGUGCUCAUAAUAGAACAGAGAUUCCAGUUAUUCUCAGUCCAAAGUAAGUAUCCUGUGCGUAACAACAGAUUUAGUGACAAUCGGAACAUGUUUUAAUAUCAGAUGUUCAAGAGGAAGUCGCUAUUGGUUAUAUUGUUAUAUUGGUUUUAAUAUUUGUACAUAAACACUGAUUUUUUUUGAGCAUUAUUUUGUAUUUGUUGUACUUUAAUACCUGGUGUACAGUUCCAGAAAUAAAUGUCUGGAAACCU